CUGUGGAGGGAAGACUCCCAGAAGAGAAAGGUUUUCUUCUUUUCUACAGGAGAUGAAAAAUAACUCUUCCUGAAAACUUGAAGCUGUCUCCCUCUGUUUCCUUUCUCAAAGAAUCAAUGCCAACGAUGGAAAGACCUCAAUUCUGCUCUGUUUUCCUCAUUCUGAUACUAUUGGCUUUGAUGUGCCUUGACUUGACCAGCAGGGCAUGGACUGCCCCUGAUUGCAUCAUAGCAGACAGCUUGCUAUUUCCUAACCUUUCCCACUAUAUCCAAUUCUGUACAUUGGCCCCAGGGCUGCACCUUUUGGCAUCUUGCACGAAUGUUGAAGACAUGGCUCAAACACUGGAAAGAGUGCCCAGAGAUACAGAGGUGCUUUGCCUCCAGGGCAUGGUUUCUACUCUGCCAGCUAAUGCCUUUGAUAGCUUCCACUCCCUACAGCUUCUGAGGCUGCAGUUGGGUAUAAUCAAUAUUACUUCUAGGACUUUUCAAGGACUGGACCAGCUACAGUACCUUUAUUUUGAGCAUCAUGCACCCUGUUGCCUAAGUCUAUUCCUCCCUGCAAAUUGUUUAGAGACUCUCAGAUCCCUCAGUAGUCUUUCCUUUCAAGGCUACUGCCUAAAUUAUAGCCAGAGCAUCUCCUUGCCAACUAAUCUUAGGCAUCUAACUCUAAGGAACAGUUGUCUGACAACGUUGCAGGAACUGCAAAGGCUCUUCCCGAGUCUUUUGCUUGGUUCCUCUCCUACACCCAGUACCAAACUAGGGGCGCCCUUCCUAGAAGUGCUGGAUUUAUCUUACAACCUUCAGUUGGAGCAGGCAGGUGUCAGAGCCUUGUAUGGCCUCAAACUCCAUUCCCUAAUAUUGGAUGGUACCACACUAAGAACAUUUGACCCGUCAGGCUCGGGACUGCUCCGCUUGGACUUCCUCUCCCUUGUGGGUACAGGUAUAGAAAAAUUGCCUGGGAGUGUCAAAGGCUACUCUGAGCUUCGUGCACUUGACCUUGGGAAGAACCAAGUACAAAACAUCUUGGAGAAUGGAGAUAUCCCAAGUUAUAAAGCUCUGGAACUCCUUAGCCUUCACGAUAACUAUCUUCAAUCACUUCCCAUCAGAUUCCUAAGUACUCUGCCCCAACUUCAAAGGCUCAACCUGUCUAUGAAUAAGCUGGGCCCAACCUUGGAGCUUCCAAAAGGAGUGUUUAGUGCAAAUUUAAGAGUACUAGAUCUGUCCCACAAUCAGCUAUGUGAUGUACCCCAUGGGGCCUUUCUUCCACAACUCCAGGAGCUCUGGCUGAGUGGCAAUAACAUCUCUAGUUUAUCCAAUGAGAGCCUACAAGGUCUGAGGUGGCUGAGGACUCUGGACUUGAGUUGGAACCAAAUUAAAGUACUCCAACCAGGCUGGCUCUCUCAUCUUCCUGCUCUGACCACCUUGAACCUUCUGGGCACCUACUUAGAGCAUAUCUCAGGCAAACAACUUCAGGGUCCCCAGAUGCUGAGACAUCUAAAACUGGGAUCUGUCACAACACUGGACAUCUAUUCUCCCUGGUUUCCAAUGCUGCGCAGUUUAGAAAUCCAAGCAGAAGCAUAUGUUCAGUUUAUGGCUCUCAGUGGAGAGCCUUUCUUACUCUUGGAGAAUCUUACUUUACAGACUGCCAAUGUGUUGCGGCAACCAGAUACAACUACAAUCCACUUUCCCUCCUUGCGUCACCUUACCUUGCGUGGCUACAGCCUCCUGCUCUCAACCAGUCAACUUCGGAGAUUCUUCCCACAACAGCUUCCGCUCCUGGAGCACUUCUCUAUGUGGUGUGAAAAUGACAACGCCGUAGACCUCCAUCUAUUUGGGAUGCCCAGGCUGCGUGUACUAGAGCUAGGGUACCUUAAUUUUUUCUAUGAGUCGAGUACUGCGAAGCUAGAGAUGCUACUGAAGGAAGUGCCUGGGUUACAGGUACUGGCACUGAGCCACCUGAAUCUCAGAGACCUCUCUGUGGCCAGCUUUGAAGGCCUGCGCCACCUCAAACUGCUGCUGCUUCACUCCGAGUUGGCCCUGCAGAUGGACAGCCACCUCCAAGAGUUGAUUCCUCAGAUGCCUCCAUAUGUUUAUUUCUCAGAUGUCACCUUCACCUGCCAGUGUGAAAGUUCCUGGGUGGAGUCUUGGGCUACACGGGCCCCAAACACUUUCGUUUAUGGAUUGGAGAAAUCCAUCUGCAAGGCCAAUGCUUCUGACUACUCCAACACUCUACUGUUCUCCUUCCUUGCUACUCAUUGCCCACGUGACGCUGAGUUUGGGGGCUUUCUUGUCAGCUUCACUCUGGUGCUUCUGCUGAUCCACCUUCCUCUGAUUAGUUGUCAUAAAUGGUCCUGGCUUCAUUACCUGCGGACACUGCUGCAUGCUUGUUGGUGGAAAUUGGGUGGACACAGACGCAGACGCCAAUUCAACUAUGAUGUCUUUAUAUCCUACUGUGAGAAGGACCAAGCCUGGGUGCUGGAAGAACUGGUUCCUGCUUUGGAGAAACCCCCUCCUGAAGGUGAGGGUUUGAGGUUGUGCCUGCCCGCCAGGGACUUUGGGAUUGGGAAUGACAGGAUGGAAUCCAUGAUUGCCAGCAUGAGCAAAAGCAGAUCCACCCUCUGUGUGCUCACGAGGCAGGCCUUAGCAAGCCCCUGGUGCAAUCUAGAGUUAAGACUGGCCACUUACCACUUGGUGGCCAGGCCAGGGACAGCUCGCCUCCUCCUGCUAUUUCUGGAGCCCCUCGAUAGACAGAAGCUCCAUAGCUACCACCGCCUCUCCCGAUGGCUCCAAAAAGAGGACUAUUUUGAUUUGUCCCAAGGGAAUGUGGAGUGGGACACUUUCGGUGAGCAACUAAAGAAACGGCUGGGGAAAGCUGGACAAGAAAGAGAAGAUUAAGGGCUGUGAGGAAUGUUGCUAUACAGAAGACCCUUCCAGCUGCAUAAUGAAUGCUCUCUCAUUACUGAAGGAUGUGUUUGCUCAUUAAUUAAUGGGGUGAAAGGAUAUGUUUUCAAUGAUAUAUUAAAUCCCAGUGAGGAAAAUGUCUUUUAAAACACUGGAAAAUAGUCAUUCAGAAAACAGUUCUGUUUUGUGCCGAUUAAUUCCAAUGCCAGAUACUGCUCAACACACACCACACAUAUACCCAGUGGUUUGUGCAUUUUUUUCAAAAUGAAUCCAUCCUGUCACUACUAAAUGCAAAAUAUUCAGGUUUUUUUUGGUGAAAAGCUGUGCAAUUCUAGCAGAAUAGUUAGGGAAUCAAUGAGUCACUUUUAAGUUGAAAUGGCACUUUCAGUUCAUCAAAUGUUCAAUGGUCAGUUCCUCUAAAUCAAGUUUCUCAUACUCAUAGAAUUCAUUAGUGAGAUCUGUUGUUCUUAAACCUCUAUUAUUCAUGGGGAAAUGAAAUCUGAAGAGACUAAGUAAGUGACUUACAUCCCUGGCUCAGCUCACGCAUCACUCAUCUGGGCCGGCACACCUAUUCUUCUGUUCUCCAUUUAUAUUGCACUUUAGCUUCUAACAAAUGGCAAACCGUGGGGCACACUCAAUUUAUCACAGAUUAAAAAAAAAUUGAUUAAAGUUAUAAAUUCCAAAAAGACAUACAGCAGCAAAAAUGGAAUGUCAUAGGCCAACUAAAGCCCAUGCUUCAGGCAUGAAUGUGACAAGAUGUUACUACACAGAUAAAAGUGUUGUGCUUCAGAGGUGUUUAGUAUGAUGGCAAAAGACUUAACACAUUAGCACAAUAUUAAAUGACACUGUUGACAAAUGGCACAUAAGUCCAGAUUUGAAAGCUGGCUGUGUGCAUGUACAAAGUGGAUAAAAAUGAAAUGUGAAGAAAGAGAAGACUAGACAUGCAAACCAUAAAGGGACCCUGAAUAGUACUGACGUUAUUACACUUCCUUACACUUCUCUGCUAGGUCUUAAUAAGCGUGUAUCAUUUUAUGGUAACAAUAAAGUAUCUUUCAAAAAUAAUAAAACA